AUGGUGGACCAGGGAAGUGGGACCGAUGUGAUGUAUCCAGAUUUGUUUAAAGGGCUCAGACUGAAGAAUGAGGACCUCUCAAAAUACGAUAGACCCCUGGUUGGGUUUGAUGGUCAGGUGGUGAUUCCCGAAGGGCAAAUAUCACUUCUCGUGAAUAUGGAAGGAAAGGAAGUGACAGUGGCUUUUGUAGUUGUCGCUUCGUUUUCUCCUUAUAUGGCUAUUCUGGGAAGGUCGUGGAUCUAUGCGAUGAGGGCAGUUCCCUCCACCCUGCAUGUGAAGGUUAAGUUCUGCACCAAGCAGGGCAUUGCUGUAGUAAGGGAAAGUCAGCAAGCAAUCAGCUCGUAUGAGGUUCCUGAGGUUGAUCCCGAAUUCAUUGUUCACAAGCUUAACGUAAACCCGUCAUUUCCUCCAAAGAAGCAAAGGCCAAGAAGAUUGGCAAAGGAGGACGUUGACGCAGUGAGAUAG